AUGAAUCAACUUGUUGGAAUUGGAACUUUUGAAUUAAAAGAAGAAGUGUCCGAGAAUGAUUUAAUGCUUUUACCUACUCAGGACCUUGUAAAAUAUGAAAACGAGCCGGUCGUGUGUGAGGCUGCGGCCCCGCGUAGAUUUUCUGUUCCAUUGUCGGAUUCAGACUUACAAGAGAGAAUUCUUAAAGCUAUUCCGAAAAAGACUAGAAAUAACAACAAGUGGGCUUUAGGCGUCUGGGUUGCGUGGACUUUAGAAAGAAAUUUGUAUCAAGAAACAAUAACUGAUGGUGGUAAUGCAAUACCAAGUGAUCCGAAUUUACUCUCAAAUGAACUUUUAAACUAUUGGAUGGCACACUUUAUACAAGAAUGUAGACGUGUUGAUACCAGUCCUUAUCCACCAAAUGCAUUGGUCCAGUUAGCAUCAGGCAUUCAAAGGUAUCUGAGAACAGAUUGUAACAGAAAUGACGUGAGCCUCUUUGAAAAGGAUUCAUCUACAUUUGCGUUUUUUAGAAAAUGUCUUGACAGUCGAAUGAAAGAACUAACCGAUAAUGGUAUUGGAACUAACGUAAAAAGGGCAGACUCUAUAUUAACAACAGACGAGGAGGCCAUGUGGGAUAGUGGAGUUUUUAAUUGUAACAUAUGGAACGCCGGAACUGUCUUAUAG